AUGGUGCAAGUAAUAAAAGAUUUGGGAGUGGAUAUCAACAGCUCCAUGAGAAUACUUGAUGGAUCAGUGGAAAGCAGCGAGUUCUUAGCUUCUCUCAACUUCAAUACAAACAUGUUAAAAGCAAGGAGCGCUCCAUUAUUCAAAUCUGUAUCUCAACAUAAAACUGACUAUGGAAGAAACAACCCAUUGGAGAGACUGAUACGGGAAUUCAAGCAAAUUCAACAUGAAUUCGACUUUCACUUAACGAAAAAUAACUUUAAAACAAAUCUAUUUCAAAAAAGAUUUUUAAUUGAUUCAACAAAUGGCGGAGAAUCACAAGAUCCCCUCAAUCCAUCGAAGAUGAUAGGAGUACCUGAAAGUCUAGUGAAAUAUAAAAUGAAAACAUAA